AUGGCUCAGGGACUGCUUUGGGUACGAGCCUUUGCUCUUCUUGCUUGCAUUGCAUCUGUACGGCAGCUCGCAGCCUACCCAGACACAGAUGUGGUCAUCGUCUCCAACAAUGACCUGAAUCCAUCGAACCCCAAUCGCGCCAGUGCGCUCUAUCUGAAGAGCACUUUCACUUGCUCAGAGGCAUAUGAAGCAUGCGCGCAACUUCAGGAGACAAUCCUGCCUCCUCCUAACAGCACCGGCCUGACAGCAAUGAAUCUCUCCAUGGCGCUGACCUCCGAGCGUCACGGUGCGGCGCUGGACUCGUCGCAGGAGAUUUGGAUCGCGAGCGAAGAUGCGAGCAGCUGCUCUGUCUUCACACCGGAUUACCUCUACACAGAUGAUUAUAUUGGAUCCGCAUCUACCGCAAAUGUUGAUCUCAGCGAGCGGCUCCCCGUGCUCUGCACGAACUCUGCGCCACUGACCCGCUCAAACAUCACCUCGGACACUUUUCGCCAGAUCGAGCUCUCCACUCCAUCCGCGGGUGUCCUGACGGGGUACCGCGACAAGUUCAGCUGGCGCUUCUUGGGUAUCAAGUAUGCUGAGCCUCCUAUUGGUGAGGCGAGAUUCCAGCCCCCGACCGCGCUGCAGGUUCCGCCCGGCACUGUACGAUCUGCACUGGAAUAUGGUCCCGUAUGUGCUCAGCCUCCUGAUCCUGACAAUGGCCGCGAGUGGUACGACGCAGAGGAUUGCCUCCAGCUGAACGUCUUCUCGCCUGUCGUCAAUUCGGCGUCUGUUCCAGAUGAAAGCGCCCCCAAGCUUCCCGUUAUGUUCUUCAUACACGGAGGGGGCCUCAACACCGGUGACAGUGGCCCUAUUCCGUUUAACAUGACCACAAGUGGAUAUGUUGGACCCUCGAUCUCGAAUAUUUUCGACGGCACCAAUAUGGUCUCAUACGGCGGUGUCGUCCUUGUUACCGUUAACUACAGGCUGACGGCCUUUGGAUGGUUCAAUGCGUCAAACGCCGCCUUGAAGGAUACUCUACUCGCAUUGCACUGGGUGCAGGAUAACAUCGAAUCCUUCGGCGGAGAUCCCACGAAGGUCCUCAUAUUCGGCGAGUCUGCUGGAGGGGGGAUGACAAGGUACCUACUUGGAACAAAUCCUGCAUACACGGAUGGGCUCUUCAGUGCGGCUAUCCUUGAGUCAGACUGGCCUACUAGUAACCGGUUCUACUCCCGAGAGCGAUCACUGGAAGUAUCGCUCACUCUCGCAAAGGCACUCAAUUGUGCAUCGAGCUCAUCAACGCAGUUCGACGAGCCCAUGGCUCUAUGCGUGCGCAAUCUUUCGACAGAAGAGAUUGUGGCGACCUCCUACAACCUCGGUAUUUCCUGGGAGAUCGUUGUCGACGGUGACUAUGUCCUUGCAGACAUUGCAACCAGUAUCAAGGACGGAGUCUACGCCCGUGUUCCUACGAUCUGGGCCACCAAUGAGUGCGAGUAUUGUUUCUUCAUCCCGACUUCCAUUCCACCAAAUUCCUCCGCAUCUGUCUUUCCAGAGAGUCUAUCCAUCUGGUUCAAUGACACUCAGGCAGAAGAGAUCAUGGACGUCGCCAACACUCUAUUCCCUUAUGAGACGGCUCCCUCUGAAGAUGGUAUCUCGGGCACAGUGCUCACCCUCGCGCGGCUCAUGACGGAUUGGUACUUGCAUUGUCCAAUGCUGUACCUUUCUUCUCUUGAGACGAAUACAACAAACCCCGGAAACAACUAUAAAGUCAUGUUCGCAGUAGGAUUGGGUUCGACCAUCACUGCGAAUCCCCUGACCUGUCCUGGCCAAGUCUGCCAUGCGGACGAGCUGUAUUGGGUCUUUGCGACAGCCGAGACGGAUAAUUUGUACCAACCCUUGACUCCCAGCGAAGUCGCGACAACGCAGGAGGUCAUCAAGCGUUGGACAUCUCUUGCCUGGACAGGCAAUCCGAACUACGAGGGUGCCGUUGUGGAGUGGCCCCCCUACACUGGAGACAACGAGGUCAUCAUCAAUGCUACCGCGACAGAAUCUAUCCAACCGUACCGAGUAGCGCAGUGUGACUUCCUUCAGACCGAGCUGGGUUUCGUCUUCGGACAACAGUAGCAAUGCUAAUGGACUAAUCAUAUUCAUGAUCUGUUUAUAACAAAAUUGAGAUCUGGCCAAGGGCCCGUGGCGUAGUGG